UUCCACAUGUGUGUGACUGUACAGACAGCUCGACAAGUUCUGUAUUAAAGGAAAACACAAGGUGUGAAACACACACACCUGCUGCCCACAGAUACUCGAACACACACUGGUCGAGUCAUGAAGCUGACUGUGCUGCUCUGUUCUGCUCUGCUGCUCUCCUUCUGUGGCCUGUCCCUACAGAAGAAUAAAUGUGGAGACCAUGACGACUGUCCUGAACCCAAGAAGCCCGCACUGGAGGACAUCUUGCUGCCAGAUGAGCUAACUUAUUCUAGCUGUGAGGACAGUGAAGGGAUACACUAUUGCAACUUCCAGUAUGAUCCACUGUGUGGCAGUGAUGGAGGGACCUACCGCAACAGAUGUGAACUCUGCAUGAGCAACAGAUUCAAGAUAAAUAAAGUGAAAGUGAUAUACAGAGGGGAGUGCCAUCCUGUGUCCUGAGACCUGAGACACACCCCUCUGGCUGACCUGAGACACACCCCUCUGGCUUUGUAAUAGGCUCAUCAUAUCAAUUCCCUGCAUCUUGCCUUCUCAAUAAAGUUACAUACUGCAA